CCAAUGAACUGUCAACACUGAUGGAACAGGCGUAACGCGAAUUCAUUGCGGCUAGAAUGAGAAACGAGGAGGAUAGCGCUAGUCAGGGCAAAACAUUGGCAAAACGUCGUGGUCCAUUGUGUGCGGUGAAUUGUUGCAAUAGACGCAGAAAAGAUGUGAAAAUGAAGUUUCAUAGGAUACCUAGAGAUCCUAACAUGAGGAAGUUGUGGUUACAUGCUAUAAGAAGAGAAAACUUUACUCCCAGUACAACAACGGUAAUUUGUGAAAAGCAUUUCACUCCAGAGGAAUAUGAAGUUAGUGUUCAUGGAAAUAAGGUACUAAAGAAGGUGGCUGUUCCAUCUGUGUUUGAUUUUCCAGCCCAUCUCAAGAAAGAACCUAAACUACCUAUUUGGCAAAGUAAACAUUCCCACCACAGAUAUUUUACUUAGGAUGUAGUCAAAUGCUGACACGGGCAUUCGAGUAUAUUCAAAAAAUUUGGUAGGGUAUAAUCUCAGUUCUUCAUACAAAUGAAAAAAUUCACCAGUUGUUCCUCUAUUUUUA